AUGGCUACACUCAGUCGCAGCUCUUCAGCCAGCAGUAUCCCCGAGACCGAGAUCGCGUCGAAGAUCGUCUCGACCAUCAAUGAAGCGCUAGAGACGAUACGCGCGGGCGGGUUCGUCGUCGUCAUGGACAAUGAAGACCGGGAGAACGAAGGAGAUCUCAUUGGAGCUGCGGAAUUCGCGACGGAAGAGCGCGUGGCUUUUAUGCUGCGACAUUCCACCGGCAUCGUCUGCGUCCCCGCGCUCUCGGACCGGAUCAAUGCGCUGCAAUUGCCGCUUAUGGUGGCUGACAAUACGGAGGUGCACAAGUGCAAGUUUACUGUGACUGUGGACGUGAAAGACGGCAACUCCACGGGCGUCUCGGCCGCCGACCGGGCGCGGACGAUUCGCGCUCUGGCCGAUCCUGCCGUGACGACGUCGGAUUUCACUCGUCCGGGGCACGUGUUCCCGUUAUUGGCUCAGUCCGGAGGUGUCAUGGUGCGUGCUGGCCACACAGAAGCAGCCACGGACCUCACGCGACUGGCUGGCGUGGUGCCAGUUGGCUACAUUUGUGAGAUGAAUGAUGAAAACGGACAAAUGCUGCGCCGCCAGCAGCUGCACGAGUUUGCCAGGAAGUUUACAGUACCGCUGAUCACGAUCUCGGACCUCAUUCGCUAUCGCUCUUGCACGGAGACUUUGGUUCAGCGACUGGAGACGACGGAGCCGGAUGUUGCGACUCCUAUUGGACACUUUACUAGUGUCGAGUACAAGUCACUUGUGCAGGAGGACCAGACGUACCAUGCACUAGUGUUUGGUGAUGUCCAAGAUCAGACGGACGUGCCAGUGUUUCUUGUGGACGAUGGAUUUGUGGCGAGUUUACAUGCGCAGUGGGCGCAGCAGCACGUUGCAAGUCAUGGCUAUGGCAUGCUGAUUUACAUGCACGGCUCAGCACGUCUGUUGCAGAUUAGUGGCGAGCUUAUGGCUCGUCAGAGCAUCUUUGGCAUGGCCAUGCAGAUCGUGCGUGAACUCAAGGUCCGUUCGGUCCGGUUACUCGUAACGACUGAGACGAGCUUUGACCCGCAUGGAUUUGGCGUGGAAGUGACGGCAAGCGAAUUUCUCGCGACGUCGUUGUAG